AUGAACAGUUUCAUCACGAGUUUACUGGGCACCCUGGAAACAGCGGACGUCACAAUAAUCGACGACAAUGCUGGAGGGAAAUCGUUGCUCAACAAACGAGCUGCUCGUCGGCCUGCGUCCGCUGCCAGUAUCGAGUCUCUUGAGAGAUGGCAAGAGCGCAAAGCUCAAACAAGAAAGGAGUCACUAGCUCCUCCCAGCCCACCUUUUAGACGAAUCCAUUCCAAUGAAGAAACCACGGUUUCUCGAUGGAGGGCAUGCCGCAAGCCACAGGAACCGGCUCGUCUAGAAUGUGAUCAAAAGCAGGAUGGUGCAAGCCCUGUUCACCCUCCUCAUGCUCCUUGUAGACGAGGCAGUAUCGAGAGACGCACAGAAGGCGAAGAGAUGUCGUUGUGCUCUGAUUCCAUCGUCGCCUUUCUGUCGACCUGUGAGGCUGCUUGA